AUGGAAAAGUUUACGAAUUGGAGAGAUAAGGGGACUGGUAUUGCUCCAUUUUUACCGCCUACUUCUGGGAAUAAUAAAGAUCCUAAUGUGGUCAUUCAAUUGGGGUAUGGAUUGAUAUUAUUGAUUAAGAUGAUUAUAAUAUCUCCAUUAAUUAUUCUUUUCCAUAUCACUGGUUCUCGAACCGUAUUAAAAUGGAAUUUAGGUUCAUUAUUUGGAUGGAAAAGUGACAUUAAUGUAGUUGGAGUGAAAAGACGAUUGGUUAAACCUGAGAAACAUUAUCCGAUGAAAUCACAGUUAUACGUUGUAAAUUAUCAAUCAUCUUUAGAUUGUUUAAUGUUAUAUUUGAUUUCACAGGGUAGUUGUUCAUUUUUGGUACCAGAUUCUGAUGGUUCUAUUUAUAAGAUGCGAUUAUUUAAAUUUAUUUGUUUUACUUUGAAUGGAUCAUUAAAUGUUACCAAAUACAGUAAGGAAAAGGUCCAAAAUUUGGGAGCGUUGAAAAAUACUGUUAAUUUCUUAUUUAUCGAGGGGACAUGUUCCAAUGGCAAAAGUGUAUUACCAUUUGGGAUAAACUCAUCUGAAUUGAAAAGUUUCAUUGAUCCAGAAUGGGAAAUGAACAAUCGUCAUAAUUUCGACAUUCAAAAUAUUAUUUUGAAAAUCAAUAAUUCAUUAGUGACACCUUUACCUGUUGGGAAAUUUACGUUCUUAAUUAGGAUGUUAACUAAAAAAGUUCAUUAUAAAUGUAAGAUCACUGAACCCCAAAGGAUUAGUGCUACAUUAGAUGAAUUAAGAAGUUCAUUAAAUGAUGGUGAUAAAUAUAAGUUAGUUUCCAAGACUUUAGGUAUUGAAUCGAAGAGAGAAUUUGUCGAGAAAUAUACUAAAACUAGAAAGGUAUAG